CCCUUUUUUCAUACUAUCGGAGACUUACUUGAGUGAUGGCUGAUUUGGAGCUAGGCAACUGGACCUACUUAAAGAUUUGAGAAAAGACCUUUGGAAGAAAAGCACCCUUUUGCUAAAGUGGUUGUGUCUGUGAAAUGAGACCAUGACAACUGAUGAGGCUACAAAGAAGGAAGGAGAUGUCCAGAGAGCAACUCUUGUUGAACAAGGCGAGGAUAUCACACCAAACAAAGACAAAGGAGUUCUGAAGAUUGUGAAGAGGCCAGGGAAUAAUGAUGAGUCUCCCAUGAUUGGAGAUAAGGUUUAUGUCCACUACAAAGGAAAGCUGGCCAAUGGGAAAAAGUUUGAUUCCAGCCGUGACAGGAAUGAGCCAUUUAUCUUCAGCCUGGGCAAAGGCCAGGUCAUUAAGGCAUGGGAUAUUGGGGUUGCCACCAUGAAAAGGGGGGAGAUCUGCCACCUGUUGUGUAAACCAGAAUAUGCAUAUGGUUCUGCUGGCAGUGUCCCAAAGAUCCCCUCAAAUGCAACACUCUUCUUUGAGAUUGAGCUGCUAGAUUUCAAGGGAGAGGAUUUAUUUGAGAAUGGAGGCAUCAUCCGCAGAAUCAAACAGAAAGGUGAAGGAUACUCCAAUCCCAACGAAGGAGCUGCUGUACAAAUCCAUCUGAAAGGAUUCUGUGAUGGCAGGAUGUUUGAUUGCAGAGAUGUAGCAUUCACUGUUGGAGAAGGAGAAGACCAUGACAUUCCCAUUGGAAUUGACAAAGCUCUGGAGAAGAUGCAAAGGGGAGAAAAUUGUAUCCUACAUAUUGGAGCACAAUAUGGAUUUGGUGAAGCAGGGAAGCUUACAUUUGGCAUAGGGCCAAAUGCUGAACUUGUGUAUGAAGUUACACUGAAAAGCUUUGAAAAGGCCAAAGAAUCCUGGGAGAUGGACACCAAAGAGAAAUUAGAGCAGGCUGGCAUCGUCAAAGAGAAAGGGACUGUGUACUUCAAGGAAGGCAAGUACCUACAGGCAAUGAUUCAAUACGGGAAGAUUGUAUCCUGGUUAGAAAUGGAAUAUGGCUUAUCAGAAAGGGAAUCUAAAGCUUCAGAAUCGUUGUUGUUGGCAGCCUUCCUCAACCUCGCCAUGUGCAACUUGAAGUUGCGGGAGUAUACGAAAGCUAUUGAGUAUUGCAAUAAGGCAUUAGCACUGGACCAGCUCAACGAAAAGGGCUUGUACAGAAGAGGAGAAGCACGACUACUCAUGAAUGAAUUUGAAUUGGCAAAGUGUGACUUUGAGAGAGUGCUAGAAGUGAAUCCACAAAACAAGGCAGCCCGGUCACAAAUCACUGUGUGUCAGAAGAAGACAAAGGAGCACAAUGAACGUGACCGAAAAAUAUAUGCCAACAUGUUCAAGAAAUUCGCAGAGAGAGAUGCAAAGGAGGAGGCCAGUAAACCCCCAGGAGAGGGAGAAGAAAAGUCUUGCUCUGAAAUUGGGCUUAAGGAGACAGUGACGGAAGGUGAAGAAGCAGAGGGCCACGUAUGAUUGUGCAGCAGAAAGACAAUCCUUCUGAAUUCUGCCUGCAUUCAAACAGGUUUCUGAAGAACUCAGAAUUCAACAGUGUUUAUUGUAAAGGUUGUUACAGUAGGCGUUAUUGUGGAAGCAAAAAGCCUAUUCAGCAGCUUCACAAGAAACUAUAAAAUCACAGCCACUACUGUGAGCAUUCUCGGCAGUGGAACAUGAGCAGAGCGACAGUAUGGGACCACUCCAAGUGGAACAAAUGGUUUUAACACACACAUACACACACAAACACACACACAAUGAGUCUUGGUUAUAGAAGAUUUUUACUGAGGUGGCUCAAAGAGAACUCAAUCAUUUUGCAUCAGUUCUAAAGGCAGUGACCAGGGUUCUAAAAAACGAGUUAGCAUUUAGGAGCUGUCAGCUGUAUAAUUUUGGCAUUGCAUUUGGUGUACUGUAGUAGCACCACAUGGGUGUAUGUUGUCUGUCUUAAACAAAAACAAAACAAAAGAUGCAACUGCUACCAACGCAAGGCAUCCCUCUGGCCCUACUAGAACCAUGUGGAAAGCAGUUUAUGGCUUUGAAAGCCAGACUCCUGGGAUCUUUUUCAGUCUGUCUUAUAUUUCCAAUGGGUUUCUGUAGCACAAACUGGUUUCUCAGGGAGCUGAGCAGUCCAAAUCACACUAUUAUUUUUAAAUGAUUGUUUGCUGGAAAGGUCCCUGACUCAUGGAUGUCUGAGCGUGCCACCUUCAAGGCAAGAGUAUCUUUUCUAUCCCCACCCAAUAAACUGCUGCAGGUAGAAUGAAAGGUGUACCUGGACUGAGUCAGGAACCCCCUUCUCCCCACAACACCAGUUGUGUGAGGGCACAUCUAUAGUCAAGUACUGUAGCCUGAGUCCUUUUAUGGAUUUGUCUUGCAGAUUUGCGGGAAAGGUAUGCAGUGAUAGACUUGGAUUAUGUGUUCAGUCCUUUUUAGGGGCUUUCCAGAUACCUUUCCUGAGAUUAUAAUACAGCAAGUAAUGAAGAUGUUAAGAAAAUUACAUUUCCUUUCAGGAAAUUAUUGCCAUUAGUCCUAUUAGCAAUCCAGUUUUAUUUUCCCAUCACAUUAUAAGCAUCUUAAGAAACAAAUAUAAUAUUUUGGUUUUAAAAUUCCUUGCUUGUUCUUGGGAUUCCUAUCUCAAAUUCUUACUUGGAUUUCUCCCCAGAAGCUGUGCCACUGUCUUGUUUUUGUUUGCUUUAUAAAGUGAAGAGGGUCCAUUCUGCAUCCAACCAAUGGUUUUUUCGAAAUGAUUUUAGCUUAAAGCAGCAAAUGUUCACUGCAGAUGAAGUAUCAGAGUCAUAUCAAUCUUCAUUGUUUCUCAAAAUACAUAACAGUACUGAAAUGCAACUCCUAGAGAAAGAUAAUUGUACUCAAGUCCCACUGAAAUUAUGAUGAUUUUAAGUGCAAAAAAAAUGUUUCUGAGUUUGGGUCAGCAAGUUUACUGAUCUGUAACGAAAUGCAAACAAAUCCACAGCAUAUACUGCUAUAGCACCAUUACAAACUAGGGCAUUUUGCUUUCCUAUAUACCAGAAAGACAACACUGCUAUGUUUUUAAACAAACUUUUUUUAAAAAAUGCUCUAAUUUUUUAAAAAGGGAAUUAACAAGUGUUUAACAUCUUUUCCUGUUAGUAUCUGUUUUAAAAAUGCAUUUUCUUUUUUCCUAUCUCUUCCUGGUCCUGCUGGAAGCACAGUUUUCUCCAUCUCUCCUCUCUACUUCACUGUUUGGUUGUUUAAACAAGCUAAAACCUUAUUAGUAACUUAUUCAAAUAAAACCAGCUACGGUAUGGUGCCAUUUCUCCUGGUGACAUGAGGAUGUCCCUAAAUAGUCUUUGAACAGGGGAAAAAGGCAGGUGUUCUCUUCUGGUGGAGUUCAGCACUUGAAAUUUGUGUGGUAGUUUCCUGCUGGUUAUUCUGUCAUCUUUAAAGGAAACUAAAACUCAGUCAACAGCCCAUCCUUCCCUGUAAAUUGUUGUACAUCUCUCUACGUAGUGAAAGUGGCUGAGCACUUUUCCAUACCCAGAUUUUGUUGUAGAUUCAUUUAGGUAGCCGUGUUGAUCUGAUGCAGUAGAAAUAUAUAAAAAUAAUAAAAAUAAUUUAAAAAUUGCCCAGUAGCACCUUAGAGACCAACUAAGUUUGUUCUUGGUAUGAGUUUAAGUGUGCACGCACACUUCUUCAGAUACACUGAAACAGAAGUCACCAGACUUCACUAUAUCUAAAGGUCUGGUGACUUCUGUUUCAGUGUAUCUGAAGAAGUGUGCAUGCACACAAAAGCUCAUACCAAGAACAAACUUAGUUGGUCUCUAAGGUGCUACUGGACAAUUUUUUAAUUAUUAUUAUUAUUUUACAGAUUUUGUUGGUUUAGGAUGGUGUGAGAUGAAGGGAUAAAAUCAUACUAAACAUGCACAGAAUAGCAAUUUGGCCGCAUGAAAUAAUGCUUAUACAACAGUUUGCUGUGUACCAAGCGUUUUGCAUUUCUAUACCAAAUCUUAGGCUUAAACUCUGUUUACAUGAACCAAAUUGGCAUAACAGGGAGCAAGUUCUUCAAGACUGCACGUCAUCAUUUUCAUUUUUGUUUUCUAUGAUAUUUACAUAAGCCACAUGGCUUAUUGUGAAAGUCUUAAACUCGCCCAUAAAAAACUAGAAGGAAAAUAAAUCUGUCCUGGGGGUGGGCUCUCAGUAUGGGGUUUUUCCCCCAGAUGAUGUUGGUGAUUUGCAGUGCUAGGAAGAGAGACCAAAUUGGUAGCCUUGACCUUUUGCUCCUGACAAAAUUUAUCUGCCUCCAGUGAUAAAACUGACUCAGUCCUCCAUAUGUUCUUGCUACAAAUGCAAGAAAGGGCAAACAACUCAGCACAGUUUUUUGUUUGUUUGUUUUUAAAAAGUGAAAUGGUACCAGGCACACAUUUUAUGUAGUUAUAAUUUCAGUUUUGCUAUGACCAUACAGGAAAGGCUUUUUAUCUAAAAGAGACCUGGCUUUGGUCCAUAAAGGCCCCUCCCUAGUAGGCAGCAGCAGUAGAAGCUACUAUGUUAUGUCCUCCAAAGAUAGAAUUUCAGAAUAAGGAGAAUGAUGGCCAUGUAGUAUUCAAAAUAUGUUCCAAGUUUUGUAGAGUUCCAUACUGUAUUUUAAGUUCACUUUUGCACUCUUCUAAAACCUAUGUCUGGGACAAGGUAGUCACUAAGCACAAUCCUAACCAUAUCUACUCAGAUGUUAGUCCUGUUAGAUUCAGUGGGACUUAUUCCCAGGUAAAUGAUGUUAGGAUUACAGCCUUAGUUUAUCAACCUCUGCCAGAAUUCAUUGUAGCCUUUCCCCCAUUUUCUGUUGUGGCUGUGUCAUGUGGUGAGCAUUCCAUAAUUUCCUCAAGCAACCCUUUUCUUGGCUUAACUAAUUCUUCCUCUUCUCACUACAUCUUUGCUCAGUUACCCUUGUUUAUCAUCAAAUUGCCCACUGAUCAUAGAACUUUGCUGAGGAUGCCUGACAGUUUUAUGUCUUGUGCCUGCUGUGGUUUGGAAACUUGAACCUCUAAAGGUGGAUGUUCAAGCAAUUUCCUGUUUUGCAAUCCUGUAGAUCUGUAGACUAUUUUUAGUUUUAUAUCUGUUGGAACAUCAAGAUAACUGCAUCUACCUCAGUAUUAAGUGGCUAUCAUUUUGUUCUUGAACAUGGCCAUUUGAUGUUCAUUUCUAUGCUCCAAACUAAAUUGGCUCUUUUCUAAAAUUCUAUUCCACACUGAACUAGAACCUCUGUUGUAUUGUUCCAAGCUGUUUGCACUAGCCCAAACUCUGUAGUACCUAGAUUAGGUUAUGCUAAGGAUACUCUUAUAAAAGAAAAAGAAGUGACUUCUAAGUCCUCUUUGGUAUUUGGCAUUGAAGUGGUAAUUUUUUGCUUCAUCAGAAAGAAAGGAUCACACCCUAUUAUUAACAGCUGAAUGCUUGUUGCCGGGUGAGUCUAAUUAUCCUGUGCUAUCAGAGGGUGGUGGCUCUCCUUGGCAGUAGGUUACUCCAAAAACCACCUUUUACCUGUUAGAAUCACCUGCUGAGAAAAAAAAGCAGAAUCAGUAGCAGACCACUUGCUAAAAUGACUUCUUAAUGUGCCAAAACAUUGCUGACCAUGCACUGCCUUUUCUAUUUUCUAUGCUCCCUCUCUAGUUCUUGUGCCUGUAUGGGGUGACUAACCAACUCAGGUGGCCUUUUUACUCUGCUAAGUCAUAAUUAUGUAUUCAUUGUAUCUGUGUUGUAACAGCAGACUAAAAAAAAUCCAGUCACAGUUUGUAUUAAGCCAGCUUCAAAAUUUCACACCCACCAUUCACAAUAUAUUAUUCUACUCAAUGUCCACUUCAGAUCCAUCUGAAGUGCAGGCAAUGCCAAAUACUCAGAUUCUUAACACUGUCUUAUUUGAGGGACUUUUUCCUCUUUCUCUCUUGAUCAAGAGCCAUUUGUCCUGGCAUCAUGAAAACCUAGACAUUUUGUAAAUUUCACCGGUUUCCUCAAAGUCUUAAUUCAACAGCCAGAAUUAGUAACAAAUUUAGCUUGACUCACUACCCCCUCUUGCUAUUUUGUUUCGCUGCCAUGAUGCUCACACCCAGGGAUACAUAAAUUUUGUGUGGUUACCACAGCCUGCCUGUUGCCCACUUGUGAAAAGGGGACAGGCUUGUGCCUGCAAUAAUGAUGGACUUGGUUUUCUGAGGCACUCAGAAGGAGUAAAAACUGUUUCUGAGCACCUCUGAACUCCAGUGUGACUUCAGAGAUAAACACCUAGCACUCUGUCCCUUGGUGUCUGCAACUGCUAAGGUUAAAAGUUAUGGGUAGGAUUCAGCCAAUGAGAUCUGUCAGCAGAAGCCCAUCCUAGUGUAGCAGGCCUUUCCCACUCUCCUUCCCAAAUUGGCUUUAGGGACAGGUCAGGAGAACCCUCAGAACAGUGUAUGGAGAGAAGGGGGUGGAUUAUUCAUGCUUGGAAUGAUCUGCUUAGCAUUGCAUUUAAUUUCUUCCUUUGCUUGCUGCAGGCAAGUGCAUUUGUGGACCCAUAACUGUGUUGCUAUUUGUUUUCUGGUAGUGUAAAAUUUUGAAUGCAACACAAUUCCUCCGAGUCAGCAAAGUUUCUGCAUUCUGCAUGGAAUUUCUUUUCUGGCUAGAAUGACCUUGCAGCUCUUAGUUAAGAAAUCAGUACCUGAAAGAACAAGCAGGUUGGUAAUCAUCCAAGUGGGUUAAAUGUGUCUUGCACCUUAAUAGUUUGAAAGUUUUUCUUCAAAUAAAACACAAAAAACAGAAGAUGACAAGACGCAGCUGUAUUAAUGUAUUAUUGGUAGCUGGGAAAUGAAGCACUGUAGCCAGCUAUUUUACCAGAGGUCUCGUGUUACAAGGAUAGUAUACAAGGGAUUUCUGACCCUCUUAACUUUCUGGACCACUACAUAUCCUGAAAACUUUGGAAUAGGGAGAGCCAAGUUACGUAGAAGGUUUAAAGGGGUGGGUUAGGUGGAUGCACAGAUGGUGUGAAUGGCUAUUAGCUAGAAUAACUAGCUGGAAAUUUCCAUGAUCAUAGAUAAGGUGCCUCUAAAUUAACAGAUGUUGGAGAAGAACAACAGAGAAAAGUCAUCGCCGUCAUGCCGUGCCUGUGAUCCUUCCAGCAGUAUCUACCUGGUCACUAUAGGGAAUAGAAAUAAAUGAACUUUUAUUUAAUCCUUUAAGGCAAUUUUCAUAUCCUUGUGAACUGAGGUCUCUACUAAGCUUUGCUUUGCUUUGCAUAUAUAAACAUGUGCUUCCUGCCCAGGAUUCUAUGUCUUGUGUUGUACAGAUAGAGCUUCUCUUGUCCGCUCUGUUGAGGAGAAUCAGAAAGCCCGCUCCAAGCAUGUGUGCAGCAAAGAAUUGUGCUCAGAGAGGAGCAACACUCAGAGAAACUAUGUUGUGUACUCUGAAAAUUAUUUAAGGAUUCAGAAUGCAUACUUGUGAGCAGAGCUAGCCCACCUUUUUGCCUGAGGUGGAACAUCAAGUACCCACACACCCCAAAAGUCGAGGUGCAUACACAAGGCAGGCAGGUUAUUUUGGCAUUUGAGGCAGAAAAUCCCACAAAUGUUUAUCUGCUGGAAUAAAAUGGCAACUUUUGCAACACCCAGAAACUUCUGCCUGAGGCAGCCACUGCACUUUGUUUAAUGGUUGGUGGCAUGUGAGACCGCUUCAUUCAUUCAUUCAUUCAUUCAUAUAUAUAUAAUACAAGGUUAAUGCAAGUCUUGGGGAAACUGUAUAAAGCAGCCAUCUAAAUUACUAAGGGGGAAAGUGUCCAUCCCCUCCCAGCUCAGAUGCAAGUGGUAUUUUAGUAACAUAAUGCACAGAACAAACUAUAGGAGCUGAAGGUGGGGAGUUUUUUUGGGGGGGGUGAUACAGUUUAAUAGAGAGUUGGAGGUACUCCCAUGCAAUCCUUACAGCUUGGGUCUCUGGUAUUCAAAGAGCUAUGAUACAGAGCCUACAGGCCUUGUGUGCUGUUUCUCCCCAAAGUACUAUGAACUUUAAUACCAGGAAAUAAAGCUGCAUGCUUGGCGCCCAAAGGGACAGGACAGAACUGUGGAAGCUAUUGGCAGGAGCAGUUAGCUGCCAUAUUACUUGCCCAGGGGAAAUGGUUAGUUGCACCUUGUGAACAGGUAGGUAAAUAUCAAACUACAGGACGGGUGUAAAAAAUACACAGGUGGUUGCAUGAGAGCAGUGGGCAUAUGUGUUGGGAAGCCAGGUUGUCUGCGCAUGCAAUAGUGUUCUGAUGUGUUGUAUUUGUACUACUACUAAUUUACCGCACUUUAAAUUUAGGCAUCUUGCACAACCCUGGUCCAGCCUCUCUUUACUAGGCCACAUUGGUUUUCACCCCCCACAGUGAAAUAGCACAUGCUACUUUUUAAUGCAGCUUUUCUAACCUGAAUGCUUAUCUCCCCGUCAAGGGGGGAAAUAACAUGAAGUGGCCUUGAAAGAGAGAGGCGACUGAGAAUUUCAAUUACCAUUUACAGGAAAAAAUGCAGAGCAAGCACCUACCUCUCCAGGCCAGAGACUCUGUACCUCCCUUCUUCAGGAGAAUAAAUGCCUUGCUCCAUUGAUACAAGGGCAGGGCUUCUAAAUAGCAUUUUACAAGUUGCUUUCAGUCCAUCUUCAGCACUUUUGAGGAACAGAGGAAGGGAAAGAUACCUUAUUCUGAAGUGUCCUCAAAGCCUGUUGCAAAUGCAACAGAAGCCCCAGACACCAUGGCCUUAAGGUGAAAUUCAUUCACUGUCUUUUCUCUCUUCAUUCAGACCUUUCCUGAAGCUACAGGUUUUUCAGAGUCCAUUUAUUUCUCACCAAUUGGAUUUGAGGUAUUGCUACUCAGGCAGACAUCUGAAUCCUCUCUCUUCCAUGCUGCUGGAGGCAAAAUAGGUCUAUAGCCACAAGUGAUAUCUAUUUCCUCUUUUUCAGUAACUGGAACAAAGGAGCACAGCUGCAGCAUUAAAUCUGUGGAAGGGUUCAGUUUUCAUGCGUUUUGAGGGUGAAGGCAUAUAACAUUUUUAGAGUGGAGAGGCCAUAUUCAAUUUAAACAUGUAUUUUCCUCUUUUGGGCAAAUGUUUAAAAACCAGUUCCAUAAAACUGCAGUGUUAGAUUUGAAGCAAAGAAAAGCCAGCUGCGUUGUGCAGAUUGGCAAGUGCCGGUGGCCUGAUCACUGCACAUAUGUGCACAUCAAUCCUCACAGCAGUUUUGCAUCUUUCUUGCAUGUUUACAUUUUUAAUACAGUACGUUGAGGAAGAAUGACUAAAUGUAUAUGUGCCACUUUAAAAUAAAAAUGCAUAGUGUACCUGAAGCAGAAUGAGAGGGUCAAAACUGAUGAUCAAGACUUCACCCUCUAUUUCUUAUAUAUACUUGGAGUCCAGUGAUAUUGCAUAUCCCUGUGCAAUGCGCACAUAAUAGCUAGAAACUAGAAGUCAUUCAGUAAAAAAGAAAAAAGCCACCUGUUUCCGGCUUUCACCCACCUUUAUUUUCUUUUCUGCAGAGUAAAAAAGAGUCAUAAAGAAGCUCUCUCCGCCAAUUGGGCAUCACGCAAAAUAAUUGUGUUCUGAUGUAUACAUACAGCAGAAGCUGUUCUGAAUCUCAUUGUUGGCAUUGCCUGUUUUGUUUUCUUUCCAGUACCAGGGUCUAGUUAUUAGAAGAAAAUGCCUCCAGUGCAAUUUAAAGUGGCAAAGGGUGGUGUGGCAGAACUACCGUAUGUCUCUCACUAAAACAUAGCACAGCAAUGUAAUACAGUUUCUAAUGUGGCACGACUCUGCUGAGUGGAAGGUAAUGAAUGAGAACAAUUUUUAUUAAAUGGGGUAGAAAGGCAAUUACAUACUGCUUAAGAUCGCACACUGCUGGGGUGGGGCAGAGGUGGGUUGUCCCAAGGGUGUCCUCAUGGUCUUUAUAUCCUUGGAGAGUGGGGCCUUCUCAGAACACCUCUUACAGAAACUUAAAGCACUUAUCAGUGUUGGGGAAACUGUUUUACCCCUACUUGUGUCAAAAACAUGAAAUAAAAAUAAAAUCUGACCUUUUUUCCACCA